AUGGACGAUAAAAUGCGAGCUUCAAGAAGACAAACAAGCCGGAGUACGAGCAGGACUACUGGUAGAAGCCUAAGCAGGGCAAGUUGGAAUGUGGAUGAUGUCUUUUCCGGCUCCACGAAUAGGCGGAGCAUUCGAGCCGAGGAAGAUGAAGAAGCUCUACGAUGGGCUGCUCUAGAGAAGUUACCAACCUACGACAGAUUACGGAAAACUGUCCUAAAAUCCUUCGAAGAAACUGCCAAUCAAAACAAUAAGGUUGUGCACAAGGAGGUUGAUGUAAGAAAACUUGACAUGAACGAUCGACAAGAAUUCAUCGAUAGGCUUUUCAAGGUGGCUGAAGAAGAUAAUGAAAAGUUCUUGAGAAAGUUUAGGAAUAGAGUUGACAGAGUUGGGAUUACCCUUCCUACAGUAGAAGUGAGAUAUGAUCACUUGACCGUCGAGGCAGAUUGCUUAGUAGGCGACAGAGCUCUACCGACACUGCCAAACGCUGCUCGUAACAUUGCUGAGACAGCAUUAAGUUGUUUCGGCAUCAGAUUGGCUGAAAAAACGAAACUCACAAUAUUAAAAGAUGUUUCUGGUAUCAUAAAACCAUCUAGGAUGACACUUCUGUUAGGGCCACCUUCGUCCGGGAAAACAACCCUUUUGUUAGCUUUGGCAGGAAAGUUAGAUCCGACCCUAAAGACAAGGGGAGAAAUCACAUACAAUGGACAUCAACUCAAUGAAUUUGUACCACAGAAGACAUCAGCGUACAUAAGCCAAAAUGAUGUUCAUGUAGGAGAAAUGACAGUCAAAGAAACUCUAGACUUCUCUGCUAGGUGUCAAGGGGUUGGAUCUCGAUAUGAACUUUUAACUGAACUGGCAAGAAGAGAAAGGGAUGCUGGUAUCUUUCCAGAGGCAGAGGUUGAUCUUUUUAUGAAGGCAACUGCAAUGGAAGGAGUAGAGAGCAGUCUCAUUACAGACUAUACUCUCAGGAUAUUGGGACUUGAUGUGUGUCAAGACACUAUUGUUGGAGAUGAAAUGAUUCGAGGAAUUUCAGGAGGACAAAAGAAGCGUGUGACAACUGGGGAGAUGAUUGUUGGGCCAACCAAAACACUGUUUAUGGACGAAAUAUCAACGGGCCUAGAUAGCUCCACAACAUUUCAGAUAGUAAAGUGCUUGCAACAAGUUGUACACCUAACCGAAGCAACCAUCUUGAUGUCCCUCCUCCAGCCAGCUCCAGAGACGUUUGAACUCUUUGAUGAUAUCAUCCUCUUAUCGGAAGGCCAGAUUGUCUAUCAAGGCCCACGAGAGCACAUCCUCGAGUUCUUCGAGAGCUGUGGAUUUACGUGUCCAGAGAGAAAGGGAACUGCCGAUUUUCUGCAAGAGGUGACAUCAAGAAAAGAUCAGGAGCAAUACUGGAUAGACAGAAGCAAACCAUACAAAUACAUUCCAGUUAGCGAAUUUGCAAACAGAUUCAAACGUUUCCAUGUGGGUCUACGGCUUGAAAAUGAACUAUCACUCCCUUUUGACAAGAGCCGAAGUCACAAAGCAGCUCUAGUGUUUAAAAGGUACUCAGUCCCAAAAAGAGAACUUCUCAAAGCCAACUUCGACAAGGAAUGGCUGUUGAUCAAAAGAAAUUCUUUCGUCUAUGUAUUCAAGACUAUCCAAAUCAUCAUUGUGGCAAUCAUCACAUCUACUGUCUUUUUGAGAACUAAAUUACACACUAGGGAUGAAAAUGAUGGUGCUGUCUACAUAGGUGCACUAUUGUUUAGCAUGGUAUGCAAUACAUUCAAUGGUUUUGCAGAGCUCUCUCUCGCCAUACAGAGACUUCCCGUCUUCUACAAGCAGAGGGAUCUUCAUUUCCAUCCACCUUGGACUUUCACUUUGCCAACGUUUCUACUAAAAUUACCUAUAUCCGUAUUAGAGACUAUUGUGUGGAUGGUCAUAACAUACUACACCAUUGGAUUUGCCCCCGAAGCUAGCAGGUUCUUCAAGCAACUAUUAUUGAUAUUUGUGAUCCAGCAAAUGGCAGGGGGAAUGUUUAGGCUCAUUGCAGCAAUAUGCAGGACCAUGAUUAUCUCAAACACUGGUGGUGCUCUUACCCUUCUGCUCGUGUUCCUUUUGGGUGGUUUCAUCCUUCCAAGAGAAAAAAUUCCUGUCUGGUGGAGGUGGGGAUACUGGGUUUCACCUCUGAGCUAUGGUUACAAUGCGAUUGCAGUAAAUGAGAUGUUUGCUCCAAGAUGGAUGAACAAAAUGGCACAAGACAACGUGACAAGAGUGGGUGCGGCAGUGUUGACCAACUUUGAUAUCUUCCCUGAAAGAAACUGGUACUGGAUAGGCGUAGGUGCCCUCAUUGGGUUCACAAUUCUCUUCAACGUUCUUUACACCUUUGCCCUCAUGUACCUUAACCCUCUUGGAAAGCCACAAGCUAUCAUAUCCAAAGAGAUGGCAAGGGAUAUGGAAACUGGCCAUGAAGAAACAAAUGAAGCACCAAGGCUUAGAACGACAAUGUCAAAGAAAGAAUCUCUUCCUCGAUCCUUAUCUGCUGCUGAUGGAAAUAACACAAGAGAAAUGGCAAUGCAAUGGAUGAGCAACAAUUCCAAUGCCAAUGGACUAUAUAGAAAUCAAGACUCAAACCUUGAGGCUGCAUUAGGCGUUACUCCAAAGAGAGGGAUGGUUCUGCCAUUCACACCUCUGGCUAUGUCAUUUGACACUGUAAAUUACUUUGUCGACAUGCCUCCUGAAAUGAAAGAACAAGGAGUGACAGAAGAUAAACUCCAAUUACUUCGUGAAGUAACUGGUGCAUUUAGGCCAGGAGUUCUGACUGCAUUGAUGGGAGUAAGUGGAGCAGGAAAAACCACGCUAAUGGAUGUUCUAGCCGGACGAAAGACUGGUGGUUACAUUGAAGGUGACAUUAGAAUAUCUGGAUUUCCAAAGAUACAAGAAACCUUUGCUAGAAUUUCGGGAUAUUGUGAACAAAACGAUAUCCACUCACCUCAAGUAACCAUUCGUGAAUCAUUGAUUUAUUCUGCCUUUCUUCGGCUGCCUAAAGAAGUUAGCAAGGAAGAAAAGAUGGCUUUUGUGGAUGAAGUGAUGGAUCUGGUUGAACUAGACAAUCUCAAAGAUGCCAUCGUGGGGAUCCCAGGAGUUACUGGAUUGUCAACAGAACAGAGAAAGAGAUUGACCAUUGCAGUUGAACUAGUUGCUAACCCUUCAAUCAUAUUCAUGGACGAACCAACUUCUGGCUUAGAUGCACGAGCAGCGGCAAUUGUCAUGAGGACUGUGAGAAACACUGUGGACACAGGUAGAACUGUGGUUUGCACAAUUCAUCAGCCUAGCAUCGAUAUAUUUGAAGCUUUUGAUGAGCUGCUUCUCAUGAAAAGAGGAGGACAAGUGAUAUAUGCUGGACCAUUAGGCCAGCAUUCACAAAAAAUAAUUGAAUAUUUUGAGGCAAUUUCAGGAGUCCCAAGGAUUAAAGAGAAAUAUAAUCCUGCUACAUGGAUGCUCGAAGUGAGCUCAGUGGCUACAGAAGCGAGACUUUCGAUGGAUUUUGCUGAACACUACAAAUCAUCAACCUUAUAUCAGCGAAACAAGGUUCUAGUGAAAGAUUUGAGUACACCCCCUCCGGGGGCAAAAGACCUAUAUUUUCCUACACAGUACUCUCAAGCCACAUGGGGUCAAUUCAAGUCCUGCCUCUGGAAGCAAUGGUGGACUUACUGGAGAAGUCCUGAUUAUAAUCUAGUCAGAUACUUCUUCACUCUGGCUUGUGCACUCAUGGUUGGGACAAUUUUCUGGAGGGUCGGCAAAAAAAGGGAAAGCAGUGCAGAUCUUUUGACUAUCAUCGGGGCCAUGUAUACUUCUGUGUUGUUUGUUGGCAUCAAUAACUGCUCAACAGUACAGCCGGUAGUAGCCAUCGAAAGAACUGUAUUCUAUAGGGAAAGAUCUGCAGGAAUGUACUCAGCAUUGCCAUAUGCCAUUGCACAGGUCAUUGUAGAAAUACCUUAUGUACUUGUUCAGACUACAUAUUAUACUCUUAUAGUGUACGCCAUGGUGAGCUUUCAGUGGACAGCAGCUAAAUUCUUUUGGUUCUUCUUCGUGAACUUCUUUUCCUUUCUCUACUUCACAUACUACGGAAUGAUGACUGUCUCCAUCACGCCAAACCACCAAGUGGCAGCAAUCUUUGCAGCAGCAUUUUAUGCACUUUUCAAUCUAUUCUCUGGUUUCUUUAUCCCCAGACCGAGCAUUCCCAAGUGGUGGGUAUGGUACUACUGGAUUUGCCCAGUGGCAUGGACAGUGUACGGACUUAUUAUAGGCCAGUAUGGCGAUGUGGAGGAGACCAUUGACGUGCCUGGGAUGUCCUUCGACCCUAUGAUUAAAAACUAUAUUCAAGAUCACUUUGGUUAUGAUCCCAACUUUAAAGGACCAGUUGCGGCAGUUUUGGUUGGUUUCACAGUCUUCUUUGCAUUCUUGUAUGCCUAUUGCAUCAAGAAACUGAACUUCCAAAUGAGGAUAGAGUAUCUUUCCUUCUUCAUCCCCCAAUUCAUAAGGUCAUACUUCUCUAAUAGGGUAAGGAAUCAUCCAAGAAAGGAACUUGAAAAAGAGGAACAGGAUCAGAUAAUGUAUCAAGGGAGGGUGAAUUGUUGUCUUGCAAAUUGUUCUGCGAUACUUCAGGAAAGGAUUCAGCGUCAGAACAUGAAGUAUUAG